CAGUAUCAUGAGUGAGUCGCCAUCAGUGAUCUCAUCGUCAAUAGUGCAAAGCAAGCUGCAAACAAAAAAUCAAUCUGUCUAGACGGAAUUUGCCGAGCUGAGUUUUUUUUUUGCUUAUAUCCUAACAGUUUGCAGUGUAUAGUGAUAUUUGAUGAAUUCAUUAAAAUACUGGAUUCUAUUAGCGGUUCGAUUAUUUUCGCACUUCGUUAUUUGACAAUUUAAUCGCAUUGGUCAGCUUAGUUUGGAAAGUGCCUCAGUAUCUAGCAGCUGUGUGAGCAAUCGUAGUGAUUUCAAUCGUCUACCCGCGCUUCAGCAGACCGAUUUAGUUCAAGUUUAUUGCUGCGGUGGAACAAGUGUUACCCACGAUAACCGUAGAGAAUCUGCCAAAAUGUUGGAUCUCGAUAACCGCCCGAUUGCGGAUCAGAUCGGGUACCUUAUCAUGUCGGAGGAUGGGGCGGUUCUGGCAUCCGGUGGAGAGAUGGAAAAUGACGAGCGAAGCGCUGAAAUAAUUAGUGGAUUGUUGACACUGACGGAAAGUGUGGAUCCGGCUGUGUUUAAAAAGCGCUCGUGUCAGAAAAUGUCGAUUGCCUACGAAGAGCACAGUUACACGAUUUGCUUGUCGAACAAAAAAAUUUACGUUGUAAAACGACGAAACCCUUCCAACGCGGGCAGCUCUGCUGACUCUGAAGGAAGAACAAUCAUUGCCUAAAGUCACCCAUACUUUUGCAAAUAAAAUCAAUAGUUCACGAAUUCUAAAAUA